AUGCCAUAUUUAAAUGAUUUACCAUUUGAAAUAAUAAUUGAUAUUUGCAGUCACAUUGAUGUUUAUACAUUACAUGCAUUAUCAAGAUCAUGUAGGGGCUUGUCAGUUGUUAAAUUUCAUCCGUCUUUAUGGCGUCAAAUCGAUUUCAUGGAUCUUGAUGAACAAAUCACAGUAGAGCGAGCAUUUUUAAAUAAUCAACCACUACCUGAAAAAAUAAAACGUAUAGAUGAUAAUUUUGUAAAACGACUAAUAAACAUGUUGAUUGAUUACAAAUUGAAUGAGGCAGUAACUGUGAUCAAUUUAGAUUUCACUAGUGUUAAAUGCACAUCAGUGUGGGAUUCCAUUAAUGGGUUUCCUAAUUUGGUAGAAAUAAGUUUACGUGGUUGUUCCAAUCUAUCGCUGAAGGAUUUGGGUGUAGGAUUGACUUGGUUUGAACCUUUGACACCUAGCAUAAAAUUACAAAAAUUGAAUGUGCUCUGGUGUAAAGAUAUGGAUACCAUUAAAAUCAAAGAAACAGGAAAUUAG